AUGGAUGACCGACACAGCAAGACUGAUUUGGCUCAUCGCGACCGCGACCGCGGCCACGAUGGAGCUCACGCUGGCGAGUCGAAGCCGUCAUACCGGUCCUACAAGAAGAAGUACCGGAAGCUGCGCCUCAAGUUUGAUCAGAACGUUCUGGAGAGCGAAGAGCUACACAAGAAGGAGCAAAAGGCCAUUCGCACAAUGAAGCGCCUAGCCGUUGAGAAUGACCGCUUGAUGGACGUGCUACUAGACAUCAACGAGUCCCCCCAGAUCCCGCCGGAGCGAAAGAUCAACCUCGACCCCGAUGGUGAUAACUACACAGACGAUGAGCAAGAGCCCAUGCAGCGGCCUACAAAGUCCCUGAGGCGUCUCGUCGACGAGGUGCCUCAUCAGUGCUUCUCCGAGAUUGUGGACAGCUUCCCCAAGAUCCUUGAAGAGUUGCAGCCUGAUGAUCCCGACGUCUACCCGACUGCAUUCCUGACUGCCGCCGAUGUUGAUAACUACAUUGCCGAGAUCGACUCGCGCCUGGGGCUCAAGGCCAAGCCGGCAGUCCCACCGCCUGCCACUGACCUGAGAAAGUCGGCAACCAACUUUGCGCUUAGAAACCCUACAAGUGUGUACAACUGGCUUCGCAGACAUGCCCCCAAAACCUUCCUUCAAGAUCUGGAGAAGGAGAAGGACCGCGAGAAGCAUCAUGACGAGGACGGCGGCGGUAAGCGCAAGGGCGGUGCCGCGCGAGGCAACAAGAGACAGAGCGCCGCCCACCGCAAGGAGGCAGGCGAAUCCAACGAAUAUGAUGAGGAGGCUGCACAUGACGAUCAGCCAUUCAGCAGCGCCAGAGGCAAGAGGAAGCGAGACGAUGAUGGCGGCUAUAGGCCCAAAGGUGGCUCGAGUCGCCCGACCAAAAGACGGGCUCGCAAGUCCGGUGCUUAG